AUGACCCUUUUGCUCGAUUCCGGCGCACAGACCAGCUUUAUCACCACAUCCGCAGUCAAACGACUAGGUCUUCAUGUCUAUGACCAUCAGCCGAUUACGUUAACAGCUUUUGGAGGACAUCAGACCACGGAAGUUUCUGGUAAAGCUGAUCUCACACUUAUCGAUUUAUUCGAUAAGCAACUCACAGUCUUUGUACGCACCAAAGACAAACUCACAAGUCCCACUACCUCACCAGGAUUGCCUAAGGAAGAUAUCGAUUUCAUUCGUCAGUUUGGAUUCGACCUUCCGACUUACCAUGAGGACGCAUCGGUCAACGUCGACAUCCUCAUAGGUAUUGACCAUUUCUGGGAUAUCAUCACACAAGGAUCAUCUGUAUGCCUACCGUCAGGAUUAGUUCUGACCCACACACGAUUUGGUACCGUUGUCUCAGGUUCAUCUUUUUUUUCGCAGGUUCAUCCCGUCUCAACAUCCACCGGGAUGGAGCAGUGGCGAGAAGACGAUGAAGACGAGGACAUCGUCGUCAGAUUGUGGCAACUAGAACGUUUAGGUAUUACAGAUCAGCCCCACGAUGACGAAAACGCCAUCGCUAAUUCCUAUAUCCUCAAGCACUUCGAGGAUACCGCAUGUUUCCACAAUGGGUUUCUCUACGUGCAGUUUCCUUGGAAGGAAUCACAUCCCCAGCUGGCCGACAAUAAGCAGUUAGCUUAUUGCCGAUUAGUCAGUCAAUAUCGCAGUCUACAGGAAAGACCAUCUGUAUGGAGGAGCUACUGUGCAGCCAUCGCACAACACUUGGAGUCAGGCUUCAUAGAGGAAGUUAGUGAGCAGGUUGACGAUAGUCAUCUUGUCUACUAUAUUCCCCAUCAAGCUGUCUUUAAGGAAUCAUCGGCUACUACUAAGUUGAGAGUAGUUUUCGAUGCCUCAUCCCACAUGCGAGGAGUACCCAGUUUGAAUGACUGCCUCUAUGAAGGACCAUCUCUUUUACCGGAGAUAGCAGGAAUUCAGCUUCGAGCUCGGUUGCACAAGUAUCUACUGAUCGCUGAUGUAGAGAAGGCAUUCCAUCAGGUUCGACUGCAGGUUUCUCAGCGAGAUGUGACACGUUUCCUGUGGCUGAAGGAUGUCAAUCGACCUCCUGACAAGGAUAACUUACGUCAUUUUCGCUUCACGAGAAUCCCAUUUGGAGUCAAAUCCUCCCCAUUUAUACUAGCCGCAUCUAUUCGCAUUUAUUUGCACCGCAUUAAUACCCCACUUUGUCGAGAAAUCGAAAGGAACACAUAUGUGGACAACGUUGUUCUAGGUGCUUCUACACAGGACGAAGCCGUGCAGAAGUAUAGAUCAGCCAAGUCCAUAUUUGACCACAUGCACAUGAAUUUGAGAGAAUUUUUGUGCUCCUCAAACAUAGUCAAUCGCAAAAUAGACCCACAAGACCGCAUUAAGGAACCGGAACACACGAAACUAUUGGGAAUUCCAUGGACACCUGAUCCGGAUGUGCUUACCAUCCCGAUCAAGACCAUAGAACAUCCAGUAGUUUCGAAACGUACUGCUCUCAAAGCUUAUGCUUCCACAUAUGACCCCCUAGGUCUUCUCACCCCUUUUAUGGUUCCCUUUAAGUUAUUCAUACAAGAUUUGUGGUUGAAGAAGCUUAAAUUGAGGAUAAGAUCCCCCAAGUUUCGAGUCCACUGUUGCGAUAGCCCCAACUAUCGAGUUUUGGGUGGAAGAUGGAGAGUUUCCCAAGUUGCGUGA